UUACGCACCGAUCUCUCUACUCUCCUCAGCUCAGCUCACUCGCACAUUAGCUGACUCGCCUCAUCCUCUGCUUCCUCUGUUUCCGUUUUCUGUGAAAGCUACUGUUUAACUCACAGGGCGUGUAAUUUGACUGUUGUUUUGCGGUUAACUAGUCGACUCUCGAAGAUGUCGGUUAAUGGGCCUGGAUGUGGAGAAGACUCUACAGACGCGAAGCAAAGCGGCGGCCAGCGGUCAGAUGGGUCUUCGGUUGACCCCAUGGACGUGGAUGCCAAGUCCCACUCCCACAGCUUCAGAUACAGCCUGGAUUUUCCCAGCAUCGGCCAGUGCAUCAUCAUCAACAACAAGAACUUCGACAGGAAAACAGGCAUGAAUCAGCGAAAUGGCACUGAUGUAGAUGCUGCCAACAUGAUGAAAGUUUUUUCUAAGUUGGGUUAUAAAGUGAAGGUAUACAAUGACCAGACAGUUGACCAGAUUGUACAUGUUUUAACAGCUGCGUCAAAGGAAGAUCACAGCUCCUCGGCCUCAUUCAUCUGCGUUUUGUUGAGUCAUGGAGAUGAGGGGAUAUUCUUUGGUACAGACAGCUCGGUGGAGCUCAAGUACCUCACAUCACUUUUUCGAGGUGAUCGCUGCAAAUCCUUGGUGGGAAAACCCAAACUCUUCUUCAUCCAGGCCUGCAGAGGCACUGAUCUGGAUGCAGGAAUAGAGACGGACUCUAGAGAAGAAGGCACAACAAAGAUUCCUGUGGAAGCUGACUUUCUUUAUGCCUUCUCCACAGCACCAGGCUACUACUCAUGGAGGAAUACUAUGACCGGGUCCUGGUUUAUUCAGUCCUUGUGCGAUAUGAUCUGUAAAUAUGGAAAAGAACUGGAGCUCCAGCACAUCAUGACCCGUGUGAACCACAAGGUGGCAGUAGAGUAUGAGUCUAUCUCCAAUUCACCAGGUUUUCAUGCAAAGAAACAGAUCCCAUGCAUUGUGUCCAUGCUGACCAAAGAGAUGUAUUUUGUCCCUUGAUGUAGUCGCCACACAAGAACACUACUUGUUGGCAGAGCUUCAGCUGCAGGAGAAAAGCUUGGGUGUCCCAAUAAUCAAUCAUUUUAGUUUACACAUCACGACUGAAUAUCACUGAAACCUCAUCUUAACAUAUUUCUGGGAAAGAUUGCUGUUUUGUCAGGAGCUUGGGGUUGUAAGGUUCUUAUUGUGUGGGGUGCUAUUAUAAGAUACAUAGCAAUACAUGUUUAUACCUCGGGAACAUUCCUUUUUACACAUUUACUCUAUAAAAUGUAUUUCACAAAAUCACUUCAUCCACUGCAAUCGUGGGAUCUUGUAAUGCCAAGCUCACAGUGUGUGGCCAGGAGUUGCCUCUUUGCUCUUUACAACAAACACAUUUCAGGUAAAAUACUGAGAGUUUGAGAGGAAGUUUGACCUUUUUUUUAUCUGUUCAAUCAUGAAAAGAUUGAUGGGCUCCAGCACCAGCAACAGUUUGACUUAAGUCGAAAGCAAAAUGGAUCAGGUAUCUUUUAUAUUCUUGGUUUCUCUUUGUCCCUUUUUAUAAUCUUGAGAAACUCGAGCCAUAUGCUGUCAUUCAGUGACUUUAUGCCCAGAGAGCUGUGUGGAGCCUAAAUCAAAUAAUCGUGCUGUAGCACAUUCAGGAACAUCCAGUAAGCUAUUGUGUGUUUUGUUAUUUUAAGUAUUUUCCACAAAAUAUUUUCUGCUGCCAGUAAAUGAGUGGGAACACACCAGCUUCUUCAUAGCAUUCACGAGUAAAGUCAGCCAACUUGCAUGAUGCUGUCAUUUGAGGCGCACAAUCCGUUAUUCAUACUUGACUUUUCUUAUUUAGCUGUGGUUCUUGUUUGUUCUUUUGGGUGGUGUUGGGAUUUUUAAUUAUGUAAUGAGCAAUGUGAUGCUUGAUCCUUGAUUUUCUAUAAUAGUUACAGUACCUUUUGAAUUCUUAAAAAAAAAAAAAAACACCUUCCUGUGAAACUGUGAGUCAAUUAUCAUCAGUGUUGGUUGAUAUCUGGCAAAGCACUAUAUGUGUUGUAGGUCAUUUUUAAGUCAGAUUUAGUGAACCGUGUGCUUUCAAACUUUCAAAAAAAAGACAAACUUUCUGAGCUCACUGCAUGUGAAUUAUUCAACAACAUUGUUAUUAGACAAUCCACUUUUAACUACUAUCAGUGUACUGCAGUUGGCUGUGAAUGUCACUUGUUGGCUUUUUUGUUUUUUUGGAAUAUCACUGUUUUUGUAAGCAGUUUGUUUGAUGUGAGUUUUUCUCCCUAAAAGAUAAAAACCCAUUUUCACAGCA